ACAGAGCAGAGCGCCUUCUACCGGAGAAGGGGAGACAGCGCAUGGGUGCGGGGUCUCGGCGAGCCGUACAGAACGUCAGGGGCGUGACAACUCUCACCCAGCCCCUGCCAUCCGCGGCGCCCUGUGAUUGGAGGGAGGAACUAUCACUUGGCAGCGUCGUUGGGUUGUAGAGGAAGAGGGCCCCAGCGAAGUGACGCUGAGGCGGUGGAGCCGUGGAGAGUAGAGCGGGCUGGGAGUGAGAGCAACAGUCCGAACACCCCGCCCGUCUCUCUGCAGUGAAUGGCGGCGGGAUGGAGCACGAGGGGAGCGGCGGCAGCGGAGGGUCGGCCGGGCUCCUGCAGCAGAUCCUCAGCCUGAAGCUUGUGCCGCGUGUGGGCAACGAGACCCUGUGCCCCAACUCCACUUCUCUCUGCUCCUUCCCAGAGAUGUGGUAUGGCGUGUUCCUGUGGGCCCUGGUGUCCUCUCUCUUCUUUCAUGUCCCUGCUGGAUUACUGGCCCUCUUCACCCUCAGGCGUCACAAAUACGGCAGGUUCAUGUCUGUGAGCAUCCUGCUGAUGGGCAUCGUGGGACCAGUUACCGCUGGCAUCUUGACAAGUGCGGCAAUUGCUGGAGUGUACCGAGCAGCGGGAAAGGAAAUGAUACCAUUUGAAGCCCUCACCUUGGGCACCGGACAGACAUUUUGUGUAGUGGUGGUCUCCUUUUUACGGGUCUUGGCUACUCUAUAGCAUAUACCCCUGUGCUAUUAUGUCGAACCUAAGUUAUAUAGAAUCCUCAAAAAGAAGACAUGGAGUGUAGUGUUUUCCUCCUCAAAUGAAAGCAACUUGAAUGAAAAUGCAUGUGAAGAAUAGUAUCUCAGCCCUCUCUUCAAUUUGAAGCUCCAAGAAUUGAAGGUCUUUUUGGACUUCUGUUGUUCUCAACCAAAAAAAAUCGUAUUUCUUAUCUUUUUUUUUUUUUUUGGUAGCUAUUGAAUUUAAGCAAUUUAAAGGUGCCCUUUUCCCAAGUCAUGUCAAUAGUUCCUCUGGGUUGGCAUCUCUGCACUGAAAUUUGUAAUAUUCUGUGACAAAAUGCAGUGUUGCACAUUUCACAGCAACUAUGGGAAAUACUGGUUUAUUUCUGAGCAGAAUAUACUAAAAUCUUAUUUAAGCUAAUCUCAAUGAGAAUUUGGUGGACUCUUCUUUCGCUACAUCCUCAUGACAGUAAGUGCCAACUAGGUUUUAACUGAGUUUAUAGCUUUGAGAACAAAUUUGGUGAAAUAGAAGAGGAAAAAAAUCUGUAACAAGUAGUGGCAUCAAUUCCACUGUUUAAAGGAGAUGAUGUGAUGUGGAUAACUAGCUCUGAUUACUUAAUAUAUUUUAAGAGAUGUGAACUUGUUGUUUUGUACAUUUUAUCAAAAUAAGCUAGCUAAUUGAGGCUUUUUUUCCAGAAUUCCUGUACUACCUUUUCCUGUCACUCUUAUUCUAUUAAUUGUAUUUAGUUUAAUUGGCAACACACCCUGUUAAAUAGUUUGAGCUGAAAAUUUUAAGCCAGAUUGGUUAGGAUGCUCUUUGGACAUUGAGGGCACCACAAAAAAGAGAGGUUAAACGUUCUGUUAGAGUUUUUCUUAGUGACUGGUUUUUAAAUGACUCCUGAGAAAUUGUAGAAGUGCAGCUUAAACUAGAGUUAGCAAAUACUGAUUUCUUCGUCCUAUCAUGCUUACCUCGUAGAGGAUCUUCAGCCCAUUUUCACAGUAUUGGGGACCACUCUCAAGAAGUGGUUGUAGUUUAAUUUUCAGUUAUGCCUCUAGUGUGCCCUUUCCAUUUUCUUUCAAGAGAAUUAAAUACCAAAUGGUUUUUAAACCCAACUUUAGCUAUUUCAAUUUUUUUUCCUACUGCCUAAUUUUCUUUUUCAUUAAAAGGCCUGAAAACUGUGACCUUCAAAAGAUAAAGGAUUACAAAAAUUAAGUAUCUAACUUGAUCCUUACCACCUAAACCAUUUUGUAUGGAAUACAAUCGUCAUUAUCUAAUUAAAAUAGCCCAGAGGACUAGUGCACCAUAAAAAAAAAUUACAGAGGGACCACAGAAAUUAACUGGACUUUUUUUUUCUAACUAAUAGGCUAUUAGACCAGUUCUCAAAUUAUACUGACAUAUACUCAGACUAUGUCGAAAGUACAAGUAGAGUCACAAUGCUGGCACAUGUCCUUAGAAAUACCCCAAGAUGAUUCUCUGAUGCUCAAAUCUUCCUUUUAAGUAAAUUUAAAGUCUUUAAAGACUCUAUUUUUCAGUUCAAAGAGCUGUGAUUUUGAAAAGUAGCCGUUCAGUUUAAGAAAUUUGAGGAUGUUGUAUCCAUUAUUGUAGAAAAUGAUUUUAAUCCUUUCUAUUGAAAGAUGCCUCUCUAUUAGAGUUUUCACCUAAAACAUUCUUUUGGAAAGAAUUUUACAAAUUGAACAUGUGGGCCAGUAGUUGGUGAGCCCGCCUCCAAACACUGACUCAUAAACAUACUGAUCCAUGAUUUAAAAGUGUUUGGUUAUUUUUCUUUUAGAACCAAGACACAAAAAUUAAUGUGUUUUGAAAGGUGGUUUUUGUUUCCAUCUGUUUCUCAUUUGCUAUACUUUGAUUAUGUACUCUUUAAAAACUUCAAAUAUAAAAUGUAUCUUUAAAUUAUUGAAUGUUUCAUCUGUCCUACUAUGUGAACAUUCUCCUGUGAAUUAAUGUAAAUAGACUAUAUAGACUGAGCUUUGUAACUUCAAAUAUUUUCAGGGAGAAACUAUUUGAAUGGUAAAGAAUGUCUAUUCCCUCUUGGGGUUUUUUGUUGUUGUUGUUCUAUUUGUUUUUUAAAAUUUCUCAUCUCAAAUACAUAAUUAUUUGGAGGUGGUUGCUCAAAUGGAAAAAUGUUGGCAUUCGUGUUGAACAUUUUAUUUUACUGUAAGUAGUUUUUUGAGAAUUUUUGCCAAAAACUGGCUUUCUUAGAGACAUAGGCAGCCACCCCUCCUUCAGCUGUACAUCCACUUUUCCUUUUUUAUGUGGGGGAAGGAGGCAGCCCCCAUCCAUAAAAGCUGAUUUCUGGAUUCUUUAAUAUGGGGACUUUGGGGUGAAGGCAUUUCAUGAAAAUUUCAGUUCAUAUACAAAUGUGUAAUGAAUAUUCCAGGAGAAAAUACGUCUCUUUCUGCUGUUACCUCAUUUUUUUAACAGCAAAACAUUUCUUCUUAGGAAAUGUUUAAACUAGCAAGAAAAAGUUUAUGCAAAUUAUUGCCUUUGAACCUUCCUUGUGUUUAAAAUUUCUAAAUUGUAUGUUAGCUUUUGAUUCCAAUGUCCUUUCUGACUGUUCUGGUUUGAGUUAAGUUCUUAUCACAGCGGCAGAGCAUAUCAACCUCCCCUAAGAAACCAUUUCCUGGAAUGUGAAGUCCGGGUGCCAUUGGCUGUCUACUUGCAGAAAGUUUUAUGUUCCUGCGUUUCUUUUUUACGCACUCUGUUGGGUUGAUUGUGACUAAAAUCAGCUGAACUUUUUGUAUUAGAUUAUAUCACUAAACUGCUACAGUCAAAAUGAUCAAAUCUUUAUACAAUAGAAAAUUACUUAAAUUUUAUUUUUCUACUGACAUUUCUAAUUCUGAUGUAAAUGUUUAUCAAUAAAGAAUUUCUUUGAAUUCUG